AUGUCUGAUGUGUUGGUCGGGGUUGUAACUUUCUGUUGUAUAACAUGUUUUAAUGUUUACUCUGUGUGUGUGUGUGUGUGUGUGCGUGGUCGUCCCCAGCACUGUAUGCUGUUGGGAGGGAAGAAGAGCACAGACGUUCCUCUGGAGGGCUACCUGCUAAGCCCCAUCCAGAGGAUCUGCAAGUACCCUCUCCUGCUGAAGGAGCUCCUGAAGAGGACCCCGAAGAAGCAUCCCGACUACCCGGCGGUGGAGGAAGCCCUGCAGGUGAUGAAGGCCGUGUGCUCCAACAUCAACGAGACCAAGAGGCAGAUGGAGAAACUGGAGGCCCUGGAGCAGCUCCAGUCCCACAUCGAGGGCUGGGAGGGAACCAACCUGACAGACAUCAGCACAGAGCUGCUUCUCCAUGGUAACCUUCUCAAGAUCUCAGCAGGCAACAUCCAGGAGAGAGUGUUCUUCCUGUUUGACAACCUCCUGGUGUACUGCAAGAGGAAGUCCAGGGUUUCUGGGAAGAAGUCUACCAAGAGGACCAAGUCCAUCAAUGGUCCACUAUAUUUGUUCAGGGGAAGAAUCAACACUGAGGUGAUGGAGGUGGAAAACGUUGAGGAUGGAACAGCGGACUAUCACAGUAACAACUACACAGUGACCAAUGGCUGGAAGAUCCACAACACGGCCAAGAACAAGUGGUUUGUCUGCAUGGCCAAGAAUGCAGAAGACAAGCAGAAGUGGCUGGACGCCAUCUUGAGGGAGCGUGAACAAAGAGAGAGCCUUAAACUGGGUAUGGAGAGGGAUGCCUAUGUGAUGAUUGCAGAGAAGGGAGAGAAGCUCUACCACAACAUGAUGACCAAGAGCCGCCACCUGAUCAAGGAUCGGCGCAGGAAGCUGAGCAUCGUACCCAAAUGCUUCAUGGGAAAUGAGUUUGUGUCCUGGCUGAUUGAGAGCGGGGAGAUCAGUAAGCCUGAUGAGGGGGUGAACCUGGGCCAGGCUCUGCUGGAGAACGGCAUCAUCCACCACGUGUCGGACAAGCACCAGUUCAAGAAUGAGCAGGUGCUCUAUCGCUUCCGCUACGACGAUGGAACCUACAAGGCCCGCAGUGAGAUGGAGGACAUCAUGUCUAAGGGUGUACGGCUGUACUGUCGCCUGCACUGCUUGUACACGCCUGUCAUCAAGGACAGAGACUAUCAUCUGAAAACCUUCAAGUCGGUGGUGCCUGCAAGCAAGCUGGUGGACUGGCUCCUGUCUCAGGGCGACUGUUCCUCACGCGAUGAUGCCGUGACUCUUGGGGUGGGACUGUGCAACAACGGCUUCAUGCACCACGUCUUGGAGAAGAGCGAGUUCAAAGACGAGUCUCAGUUCUUCCGUUUCUAUGCCGACGAGGAGACUGAGGGCACCAGCACCAAGAGCAAGCAGCUCCGCAACGACUUCAAACUCAUAGAGAACAUCCUGGCCAAGUCCCUGGUGAUUCACCCCGAGGAGGAAGACUACGGCUUCGAGAUCGAGGAGAAGAACAAAGCCAUUGUGGUGAAAUCUGUCACCAGGGGCUCACAUGCUGAGAUGGCAGGUCUGCAGGUGGGCAGGAAGAUCUUCACCAUCAACGAGGACCUGGUGUUCCUCAGGCCCUUCUCCGAGGUGGAGACCAUGAUCAACCAGUCCUUCUGCAUCCGUCGCUCCCUGAGGGUGCUGGUGGCCACCAAGGCCAAGGAGACAGUGAAAGUUCCAGACACAGCAGACUACCUGUCCUUCAGACUGUCUGGCUCCGCCCCUCCUCACGUCCACGCUGUACGGAAAGGUUGGGAGGCAGCGGCAGCAGGCCUCCAGCCAGGCCAGUGCAUCCAGAAGGUCAACGGCAACAACGUGGCCCACAGCAGCUACCAAGACGUCCUGGAGCACUUCAGCUCCCAGGACUCUCACCAGGACAAGCCCGACACGUGUCAGUGGGUGUACCGGGCGUUCGAGGAUGUGGAGGAGCAGGGGCAGGGUGAGGGGGAGGAGGGCUCGUUCAGGGCCUGCACAGAGGAGAACGGAGCUGACCCGGAGGACGCUCACGGCACCAACGGAACAGACUCCCGAGGUCUGGCGAGGCUGUCUGUGUCUGAGGACAGGCCCCUGGUGAGCCUGAUGGUGGAUAACAUGCACCUGGAGCACGGCGUGGUGUACGAGUACGUCAGCACGGCCGGUAUCAAGAGCCAGGUGCUGGAGAAGGUGGUGGAACCCAAGGGCUGCUUCAGCCUCACUGCCAAGAUCCUGGAGGCCUUCGCCAAAGACGACAGCCACUUUGUGCGGAACUGCAGCCAGCUGAUCUCCCAGUGUGACCGGGUGGUCUCCAUGCCCCAGUUUGAGUUCAGGAACAUCUGCGACACCAAGCUGGAGAGCAUCAGAAGACGCAUCAGCAACUACCAGCAGUUCGCCCAGGAGCUGAAGAACAAGGCGUGGCCGACCUUCAAGCAGGCGAGCCAGAGGCCCCACCCCCUGGGCUGUAUGGACUUUGUUCCUACCAACUGCCACGUCAACCUGAUGCAGGUGUCCCACCCCAAGAGCACCACCACCGCCGGCAGAACCUUCAGCAUCCGCUUCGGACGCAAGAACUCUUUCUUCGGCCUAGACCCGGACCAAGCCAACCUCAACCCCAUGUCCCACACCCAGCACUGCGUCACCAGCAUGGGCGCUCCCUCCUGGAGCUGCUCUGGUCUGGAGGGCGACGAGACGGAGGAGAACGGGACGGGGGAGGGGCUGGUGGACGGCCCGCGCGACCCCCACCACGGCGAGGGCGGCCUGAGCUUCCUGCUGAAACAGGAAGACGUGGAGACCCAGGACUCCUACAUCCGCCUGUACAGCCGCCUGGACGUGGCAGUGAGGGAGAUGAAGCAGUAUGUGGCCCAGAUAGACGUACUCCUGUCGUCCAUCACGGAGCCCACCCAGCCCCAGGACGGUGAGCCCCCGGCCUACGAGCCCCACAGCCAGCCUCCCACCCUGGCCCCCGUGGAUGAGGGCGACCCGGACAAGGUGGAGCAUGGAGGCAUCAAGAAGGUGUGCUUCAAGGUGACCGAGGACGACCAGGAGGACUCGGGCCACGACACCAUGAGCUACAGGGACUCCUACAGCGAGUGCAACAGCAACAGGGACUCUGUCCUGUCGUACACCAGUGUGAGAAGCAACAGCUCUUAUCUGGGCAGUGACGAGAUGGGCUCAGGUGAUGAGCUGCCCUGUGAUAUGAGGAUCUCUUCAGAUAAGCAGGACAAGCUGCAUGGCUGUCUGGAGCACCUCUUCAACCAGGUGGACUCCAUCAACAGUCUGCUCAAAGGGCCCGUCAUGAGCAAGGCCUGCGAGGUGACCAAGCACUUUGACCCUGACCACACUCAGCCAGAGUUCCGCCAGACGGAGGACUCGACGAGUCGCUGUCGCUAUGUCAUCCACAAGAACAUCCAGGAGGACCCGUGGAACCUGCCCAGCUCCAUCAAGACCCUGGUGGAGAGCCUGCAGAGAUUUGUGGAUGAUGGGAAGAACCAGCUGCUGUUGGCUCUGCUCAAGUGUACAGACACCUCCCUGCAGCUCCGCCGUGACGUCAUCUUCUGCCAGGCAGCAACGGGGGCGGUGUGCACGCUGGCCGAGCAGCUGCUGGCGGCGCUGCGCUCACGCCUCAACAACGCGGGCGAGUACGAGGAGGACAGCAAGGAGACCAGCCGCAAGUGGCUGGAGCAGGUCGCUGGCAUCGGGGUGCUGCUGCACUUCCAGGCCACGCUGGCGCCACACGUGAAAGAGGAGCGUACCAUGCUGGAGGACACCAAGGCAGCCCUGUUGGACCUGGACAAAGUCACAGUGUUCUUCCGCCAGCUGGAGGACGAAUACCUCGUGGCCAACACGCCAGUGUGUUACCAGGUGGAGGGCAGUCGUCAGGCCCUGAGGGUUACCCUGUACCUGGACAGCUGCCACUUCAGCGAGCUGCCCACACGCCUGAAGAACGGAGGCAGCCUCAAGCUCCACACCGUCCUCUUCACCAAAGCCCUGGAGAGAUCUGAGGGUCUGUCUCCGCAGGACACGGUGACCAUGGAGGAGUUUCAGCAGCGGACCAACGCUCUCUCCCUGGAGAGGGUGAAAGCCUACUACCGCAGACUUAGAGCCUUCUACCUGGAGAAGUCUAAUCUGCCCACUGACUCUAACACCACAGCUAUGAAGAUAGACCAGCUGUUACGGCCCCUCAACACCCUGGACGACCUGUGUCGGCUGAUGCAGUCCUACGUGAACGUGAGGCCCAGCGCCCAGGGACACCCCUCUGGCACCAGUGUCCUGUGUGUGUCCUCGGAGCUGUGUAACCGUCUGGGCGCCUGCCACAUCACAGUUUGUGCCACCGGCAUGCAGAGGUGCACACUGAGUGUGACCCUGGAGCAGUCGAUGAUCCUGGCCAGGAACCAUGGACUCAUGCCGCGCUGCUUCAUGCAGACCAUGGACAUCAUGCGCAAACAGGGAACAAGAGUUGAGCUCUCUGCUAAAAACCUCAAGGUGAUGGACCAGAUGCCCCCUGCUGCCCCAAGGCUCUUCAAGUUGUGUCUCCCGCCCACGGACGGAGACAUGUAGGAGAAGCCUCGCUGUUCCUGGAGCGCUUCUUUAACUUUUUAAUGUUGAUCAACUCAAUCCUCAUUGACCUGAGGUCAAAGGUGAAGGAGGGGAGGGUGAACUGGGGGAAAUGGGAGAAGGCUCUCCCCUCUAAAAGACAAUAGCAGGAGGGUGUAGUGUUCGGGUGGUCUUAAACAGAGUCUGUCCACGGAAACAUUCCAUCAGAGAAGCAUCAGAAGUCUGGGUGCCAAAGGAGGUUCUCUCCAUGUGGCACACAGCUCCACAGUCACCCUAACCACACACUCCCUAGUCCCCCAGCACACAACUGUUGCUGCCUAUGGCAGUCUGCCUACCGUGACACUGGUGAAACUAAUCUGGUAACCCACCCCCCCCCCCCCCCCUAAAAAAGGUAGUGUUGUGUCACAGACCUGGAAACUCAUUGAGGAACCCUCAGAGAUGCCAGGAUCAGAACCAAUCUCAGUAUUUAGGACCCCAUUACAGCUAAUGGAUACUUCUCCAAGCAGGGCUAUAUUAUUAACUGGAUUAACCCAACUUCCUGUUAGUGGUCCCUUAUCUCUCUUAUCUUGUAUUCACUUUGCCUUGGACUGCUAUUCGAGAGCUCUCCGUCCUCUCCAGUCAAAGUCUUGUAUUUCUUGGGGAUUAGAGACGUAAAGGGAAUUGAUCCCUAAACCUGGUUUUGUUUAUGUGAUGCAAUUUGUAAUGGGAGAAAAACUGCAUCAAGGAGAACAAGAUUGUUAAAUGAAUAGAUGGAGGGAUGCAGGUAGGGAAAGAGAUGGAGGGACAGGGAUUGAUGGAGAGAUCGAUGGAGGGAUGGAUAGAAGAAUGGACAGUGUGGAGGCUGCCUUUGCCUCCUUGCAUGCGGUGAAUGUGCAAUUACUGUAGGUUUAGUGUGAGUACUGUAUUACUGCACAAUACUGUAUGAAGGACAGCUAUUUAUUGUAUCCGGAAGGAGCAUUCUUAUUCCUCAGUAAUAUCAGGUAUUAAAGAUUUAAAAGCAUUCCAGCCUACGUAUCAUACGGUAUUUAAUGGACCAGUGGCAUGCCGUUUCUCUUUAGAUUUUCGUUAUGUGAGCAAGUAUUAAUCUUCAGGGAAUGUUGCAGAGAAAGGGGAUUAUGAGUCAGGGUAAAGCACCCAACCAUGAGCUGUUAUGUUUACCAACGUGCAGCCAAAUCAACAGGAUAGCAGUUCACGCGUAAUUAAUAAGCUUCAUCUAUUCAGUCUCAUGUAUGUCUUGCAGAGUUCUCAUCACAAGUUUUAAUUGUAUUUAAUGGCGCUCUAGAAAUCUCUGUUUUGAGAUUUUAAUAUUUAGGUAUUUAAAUGAGCACAAUGAUUCAUUCAAUCACUCACACACAACACGGUAUGUGAACGUACUGUAACCUGUAUAUGGAUGGUGUCAGCAAAAGGGAUCAGGCAAGGAUUCGUAAACAGUAGCAUUAUUUUAUGGAAAACUUUGUUGUUUUGGUGUAAAUAAAGUCUGUAACAUUGACUGCCAGAGAAAAUUGCAUUUUGUUUUAAGCCUUUGCGGCAAGAGGGUGAUGCUAUAAUUUAAAUUUUAUUAUUUUUAUGAAGAUAAUAUAGUAUGUAAAACGUAAAAUUAUUUUGUAUUCAUAAAUGUACAGUUUUAAAUAAACUGCAGGGUUUUUUUUUCUUGUGGAGGGCGAGCGGGGGUUGGGGGGUUGGAGCUGAAUCUAUCUGACAAUGUUGUUUUUAAAAAUGCCUCCACUUGCAUUUCAGCCUGGUUUGUGUGUGUUACUGAGAUGCAGUUUGCAAUUCAGUUGUUACACAUCAAUCGCUCCUUUUUAUUUAUUUCAAAGAUCUCAUCAGGUUACAAUUGUGUUGGUUACAAUUCUUUCCAAUCCCCACCAUCACCAUAUACAUACUAGCAAACUAGCAAUUAUGCAGGUUAUUAGAACAUUUGAAUUUCACCUCACAUCUUACAAUACCUUACAUCAAGUUGAAUAUGUUUAGUUAAGGUUUUUGCACGCUUAGAACUUAUAGAAAACUAUGAAACGUUCUGUCUCUACAACAUUGUCUCUACUCAGUUGUGAACUGUUAAUUUGUUCUCCUGUUUUUCCUCACAGCCUAUGUUUUGUAAAAACAGCAGUUUAUUGGUGUACCGUAAAACAAAUUCACUAGUAACACCAGUUUUGCUUUGUUUUAAAAUUUCAAUUCUGUACAUACUUUGUUUGCAAUGUUAUGUUGCCUGAAAAUAAUUGUACAAAAGGAAUUUUUGAAUAUCUCUUUAUAAAAUGAUCAUUGUAAAUUUAACCUUAACAUGCUAGUAAAUAAAAUGCUAUUCACAACAAA